AUGCAUCGUAGUCGUCUUAAGCGUGGGAGCAGCUCUGUACCCGACAUAUCGAAUGUGAACAAGGACUCUGGAGUGUCAGGGGUCGCCUUGAAGAAAGAGAUUGGUCUCGUAAGCGCCUGUGCAAUUAUUUUGGGUAAUAUUAUAGGGUCGGGGAUCUUUGUGAGUCCAAAGGGGGUUCUGGAGAAUUCCAGCUCAGUGGGCGUGUCUAUCAUUGUAUGGAUAAUCACAGGAAUCAUCACUGCCAUUGGUGCUCUCUGUUAUGCCGAGCUGGGUGUCACCAUCCCCAAAUCAGGAGGAGACUACUCCUAUGUCACAAACAUCUACGGAGGCUUGGCUGGGUUUCUGCAGCUGUGGACUGCAGCGCUUGUGAUAUACCCCACCACUCAGGCAGUCAUUGCCCUCACGUUUGCCAACUACGUUCUCCAGCCCAUCUUCCCCUCUUGCUUGGCUCCAGAGAGUAGCCUGCGUCUGCUUGCUGCUACCUGCCUGUUGUUUCUUACAUGGGUCAACUGCUUCAGUGUCCGCUGGGCAAACCGUAUUCAGGAUGUCUUCACGGCAGGAAAGCUGCUGGCACUUGGUCUCAUCAUUAUCAUGGGCAUUUUACAGAUCUGUAAAGGUCAUUAUACUUGGCUGGAGCCAAAGAAUGCAUUUCAGCCGUUCCACGACUAUGAAGUGGGCAAACUUGCCUUGGCCAUCCUUCAGGGGUCUUUCGCAUAUUGCGGAUGGAGCUACCUCAACUACGUCACAGAGGAGCUCAUUGAUCCACACAAGAAUCUGCCCAGAGCAAUCUUAAUCUCUGUCCCCUUGGUGACGUUUAUUUACGUGUUUACAAACAUUGCUUAUGUGACGGCCAUGAGCCCUGUGGAGUUGCUGGCCUCCAACGCUGUUGCAGUGACAUUUGGUAACAAGUUACUGGGAGUCAUGGCUUGGAUUAUGCCCAUGUCUGUAGCUCUCUCUACGUUUGGGGGGGUCAAUGGCUGCCUCUUCACGUCAUCUCGGUUGUUCUUUGCUGGAGCAAGAGAAGGUCAUCUUCCACGUUUACUGGCCAUGAUACAUAUGAGGUGCUGCACCCCAAUACCGGCAUUACUCUUUACGUGUCUUACAACUUUGCUGAUGCUGUGCACCAGUGACAUAUACACCCUCAUCAAUUAUGUGGGAUUCCUAAACUACCUGUUCUAUGGGGUCACUGUUGCUGGGCAGAUUAUACUACGCAUAAAAAAACCAGACCUUGAUCGGCCAAUCAAGGUGAGCCUGCUUUUUCCAAUUACCUACCUGAUCUUCUGGGCUUUCCUACUCAUUUUUUCCUUCUAUUCAGAGCCAGUGGUAUGUUGCACUGGCCUUGGUAUCCUGCUAACAGGCGUGCCGGUUUAUUUCUUGGGAGUCUACUGGGAAAACAAGCCGAAAAAAUUCAGCACCUUUGUUGACAGGUUGACUUCCCUGUGUAUGAUGCUGUGUAUGGUGGUGUAUCCAGCGGAAGGAGGGGACAGCGACAUGAAGAAUGAAUCAGAUGAAGAGGAGAUUCGAGAGGGCCAGUGA